AUGCCGAAAGUGGCUCCUAAGCGGGCAUACAAAAUCGCUAAAGAAAUAAAGGAGGGGUUUGAGAUCUCAGAUCAACAUUCUAACACGUGGAUUAUCGGUGAAGCGAUUGCACAAGGUGGCUUUGGAUCCCUAUACGUCGCUUCUUCCAAAAGGAAUCCCAAGGCAAAGAGUUAUGUUCUCAAAAUUGAGCCACAGGAAAAUGGACCAUUGUUUACUGAGACCCACUUCUACACCCGUGUAUGCAAGCAGGAGCUGCUGGACGAAUGGAAAGCAGAGCAUGGCCUCACGUUCCUUGGUGUUCCACGUUUCAUUUCUAAGGGUCUCUUCGUGUCACCAAGCCACCAGACUUGUCGCUUUCUCGUGAUGGACCGCUUUCGCGACUCCCUUGAAGAUUGCCUCACACGGCGCGAGUUCACUCCACCUGACAUUCCUCCAAUUGCUAUUCAGGCACUUGAUGCUUUGGAAUACAUCCACUCAAAAGACUACGUUCACGCUGACAUAAAGGCCUCUAAUCUCCUCCGCAAUGAAGUAAACAUGUUCUACUUGGCCGACUUUGGUCUGGUGUCGCAGUAUCGUGUCAAUGGCGGUGAUCACAGACCGGAGAAGGCCUCGCCAAAACUACGCGACAACGGCACCCUCGAGUUUUGCUCGCGUGAUGCCCAUGCUGCCACUGUCUGUGCUAUAGGUCUGCCACCAUCGCGACGAGGUGACCUAGAGACCCUCCUUUUCAACCUCUUCCACUGGUUAUAUCGUGCUCGUCCCAACGCCUCGCAGGGUUCCUGUGCCGGUCUACCUUGGGAUACUUUCAUUGGUGGGCUUAAUGUCAUUUCAAACUCUAACUCCUACUCUCUGCUUUUAAUCCAUUUUCUUCUCUCAGAUACUGCAGUGCGCGCCAAUGUUUCGGCAGCAGUGCGGGACCGCGUAGUGCAGUCGAAGAUGGAGGCCAUGGACCCUGCCCACGCCUCCGCCCUUCCCGAUGCCGCCGGUCUUAGCCAUCAACCGGCUCUUAUAUCUCUGAUCCGCGCUGUGAGCGAAAUGGAAUACGCAGAGACUCCGAAUUACGAACUGUGCAGGGAUCUCUUGAGGGUGUUGACGAAGAACCUCACUACCGACGUCACCGUCGUUUCCGGGGUCUCAAACAGGCAUAAACAUAUCCUCGUUGAGGUAAACAGCAGGGAGGCGCACGACACGCAGUCCAAAAAGGUAUCGGACAGAUCUGAAAGUGUCGUGGCAAAGUCAAGUAGAAGAAGGCCAACUGCCAACCAGCCUCCGACUAGGAAGGCCAAGGAAGUGUGCAGCCCUUCAAACUCAAAGGCUGACGCUGAAAAGGGGGGAGAGAGCCUAUUAACACCGCCUUCCAAUACCACUCCAACCAUUGGCAUUCGCCUCCGCCCACCGGCCCGUCGCAGCACUCGCACUAGACGCGCGAUGAACCGUGUCUUUGAGCCAAGCGACGAAAGUAGCGACAAUGGUGAUGACAACGAUGAUUUCAUUCCUACGCCCAAACGACCCGAACGUCAACAGAAGCAGCAGCGCACACGAGGCAGACUAAUGGCGCCUGGGGUAGCAACACAGACAUCACCUCAACUGAUACGCCAACUGGAUCGCGAGGAGCGGAGACGGAACUUUUUCUGA